GGAGGGAAGCGGGCGAGCGGAGUCCCAGUGCGCGCCGCGGCCGCCCGGGCGCCCUCCCCUUCCGGGCGUGAGGCGCUGUGCGGAGCCGAGCCGAGCGGACCCGCGCCGGCAGCGAGGCGCUGCUCCCGCCGCCCCGGCCCGGCCUGCCCCGGCUCCGGCGCUCCCGUCGCGGGGCCCGCGCUCCUCAGCACCUCCGGCUCCCGGCGCCGCCGCAGCCCGCCCUCGGCCUCCCGGAAGCCCCGGCGCCGGCCCGGGCCCUGCGGGAGGAUGACGGAGCUGCAGUCGGCGCUGCUGCUGCGGAGACAGCUGGCAGAACUCAACAAAAAUCCAGUGGAAGGCUUUUCAGCAGGUUUAAUAGAUGACAAUGAUCUUUACCGGUGGGAAGUCCUUAUCAUUGGUCCCCCUGACACACUUUAUGAAGGUGGUGUUUUUAAGGCUCAUCUCACUUUCCCAAAAGAUUAUCCCCUCCGGCCUCCUAAAAUGAAAUUCAUUACAGAGAUCUGGCACCCAAAUGUUGAUAAAAAUGGUGAUGUAUGCAUUUCCAUUCUUCAUGAGCCCGGGGAAGAUAAAUACGGUUAUGAAAAGCCAGAGGAACGCUGGCUCCCUAUUCACACUGUGGAAACCAUCAUGAUUAGUGUCAUUUCAAUGCUGGCAGACCCUAAUGGAGACUCACCUGCUAACGUUGAUGCUGCGAAAGAGUGGAGGGAAGACAGAAAUGGAGAAUUCAAAAGGAAAGUUGCCCGCUGUGUAAGAAAAAGCCAAGAGACAGCUUUCGAGUGACAUUUGUUCAACAGCUAUAACUUCAUUAUUUCAGGGAGACUAAACUGACCGGGACAUUGGGGACAGCGUGUUGGCCCCAGUGGCUUCACAUGGUGUUGAUUCUUAAUCUCUUUGACUUGACACUGUUGACAGUACCUCUGGAAGUGUCUUCCAUCCUCACGCAUGCAAGCUAGGGCUCUGCCCCGGUGCCUUCUCAGCCCAACUGCUCCCUGCCUGCCUCUUCAUCCUGCCCCUCUUCUGUCCUCACUCCUGUUCCCAGCUACAGGGACAAAGCUGGCAUGACAACACUCUGGAGAUGGAAGCUUGUCCAUGUGAGGAAAAGUCUCCAACUGAGAAACAUGGCACUGUUUUCCUGCACUCUACCCACCUAUUGCUGGACUUCUGUUGUAACAAGUUGGCGGACACUGGCUGGAGCUGGGCUGCAGUAGAACAAGCCAGUACCGUGCUGACAAGAGCCUAACAAGUGCCAACUUACAGGGGAUUGCGCAGUUUGAAUUCUCAUGAACUGUUUUAGCCUUCAGGAAGACUUGUAAAGACCUGUACAUAGCACAACAUGAUCCGGAUAAUAUAUAUACCAUUCAUGUACAUCCACCAAUACACCUUGUACCAAAUAAUGCUCUCUUGUAGUAGGACAAGAAUCGUGUAAAUUCUCAAAGAUUUUAGCAGGUUUUCUUUCCCUAUUCAUUGUUUCUUAUCAGUUUUAAAAGACUCCUUAAAGCAUGUCAGAUGAAAAACAAUUAGGAUUAAAAGUUUCCAUUUAAUUUCCUUUAAACCAUUGAGGCUUCAUUAAACUCUUUUCACUUACUAAACUUUUGUAUCUUCUUUGUUUUGACACACUCCCUUUUGCUUUUCUCUCUUCUCUCUGCCGGAAGGUUUAUCAAGUCAUUUAGUUCCAGUACUGAAACACUUAGUAAGCAACUACUUGAUUUUGACGAGGACUUCAGAGCAUUGGUCAUCACUAGGUGCUUGUCGUUUUGUGCUCUGGUUGCACCGUCUCUUGGAUCGGGUGGAACAAUACCACAUUUUGGCUGUUGAGAGCUCUUGAACUCCGUCAUCCCUGAGAACAACAGAGAGUUGGUUCAGAAUUCAACUUACUGAAAUUUGCCCCAGACAGAACAAAAUCUGGUUUGGUUUGGCUUUUGCCUUCCCGUUGGUCCCUGGGCGUUCAGGUUGGAUGGAUUAGUGUGCACGGCUGCAGGCUUUCUGCUUAACUCGUGAGUUUGCUCUUACAGAUGCUGUGGACCCCCCAUCCCCUUCUCCACGGUCCUCCGCGUUUCUUUGCCUCUACUCUUCUAUAUUGCAGAUUUUUCUCACUUAUUGUACAAAGAAAUGGCGAUGUAUAUUUUCAUGUAAUUUGAUUUUGGAAUUCUGUCACCUUAUGUAGUGAGUUCUUCCAAAAUAUAAUUUUUUUCCAAUAAUCGUCAAGUUGUUGACUUUUAUUGUAUUGAAUGAAGGUUAUAAUACUGAAUGCCAGAGAAGUGCAGUUUAGAAAAAUCUCAGGUUGAUUCCUUAUGCAAACAGACUUAAUACUUGAAAAUCCCAUGGCCAUGGCAGUGUAUGUACUGGGCUCUAUCUAGGUUCUUAUGUGGGUCUCAAAGCAUUCCAGGGUGUGAAUGCUUUGCUCUCUGAUACAUCGAUUCUGUCACUGACACCGUGCACUUGGAUUUUAUUAACGUUUGAGCAUAAGUGUACUUCAUAUCAUGUCUUCUAAAGCAGCUUCAGGAAGUGAUGAAGUGACCGUGUGCGGUGUGAACGGCAGGCCCAGGUUCCCCUGUGUUGGGUGUGAGGUUGGGGCUGGGAAGUGUAGUAGUUGGCGGGCAAGGGACAGAAACGGAAGCAGUGCCCAAUGGGACACGGUUCUGUGAGGACCGGCGCGUCUCUGGCCUAUGGGGCUCGGAGAGACACUCUGGCAGAGAGUGAAGGGUCCCUACGAGUUGCCCAUCCCUGCGACUCCAUAUGUCCUUCUUUCAGCAGAAGUAAAAUGGUUGAGGAUGUAGACGCAGCAGAGAGUGAUUUUUCUGAGUCCGUCUGUUCUGCACUCUGAAGCAUUGUAGGGACCCAUCAAUGUGUAAUGACUGAACGUGGAAAGUGUUGGAUCCCUUGGAGCUGAUUUUCUUCAAGAACUUCAUUUUGUGACUUUUCUUACUCAGAGGCUGUAAAACUUGUUGCCCCAAAGUGCUGGUGCUGCACAGCCUCCUGGGAUCUGAAUGCAGUCCUUUUUACUCUCAAAUCAGAAACUUCACAUGGUUGCAGGAGGCGGAACGGAGUCUGAAUUUUGCUCUCCUCUUGGCUGUGAUCCUGCUCGUGGUCUGUUGGGUUCGAACCUGGGGUUUGAGUCCUCAGGGAGCAGCCAGUGACCUACUCACUCAGGGACAACUCUCACUGAACCCUAAGUGCCACUUUCAUGCAGGUACUUCGGUGUGACCGUGUAUGUUUUGGGGCUAGAUCUAGGGGAGUGGAAGGGGCGAGCCAGGAACCAGUGCCCCUCCCUUCGCGCUCCUUUCCACCUGGCGCCCUGGCGUGCUGCAUGUGGACACACGGGCCUCAGGAGGUGGUGUGGCCUGUUCUCUGCCAGGGGCGUCUCCCGUGCCUUUCCCCGUGUUCAUCUGACAGUGAACUUGACACCUCCAUGUUUGAUACUCAACCACUCUCAGGUGGCACUGAUCCAGGUGGCUUUUGUGCCACCAGUGUCUCAUCACUAGUGUGAGGCGAGUCCUCUCUGCUUUAGGAAAGGAUUUUUCUCCCCAACUCUGUGCCAACUAUCAACAACAUCUACACAGUCUUAUGGGUUUUAGAACUGUUGGCUGUUUCUUAAAUUGAUUCCAAGUUCUUGUAAAGGCUUAUAGAUCUCAGUCUGUGCUCAUAAUGGGACGGAUGAUCUCAGUGGCUUUCUGGCCUCUCUUCUGUGAGUUUAAAAUCCACGCAGGAUUGGUUUCCUUGUCAUCACAAGGCAGUCUCUUUGUGAGGCGAUGCCACGAGUUCUCUGAUCACUUGGGUGUCCUGGUAUCUUCAAUGGCCUUCAUUCUCGGGUGUGAAAUUUUAUUCUGUGUGCUCACUCACCCCCUACAGAUCACAUUUUGGGCAGUGUUGCCUGUGUAUCUAUCUUUGCCCGUCUGGUCUCCAGUUGGUGGAACUACCUUCUUUGUACCUGCCACACCGCCCAGCAUCUUUGAAAUUUGACACAAUGUUGCUUCAUUCCAGCUGUUUUUAGUUCUGUAACUCCUUGAUUGUAUUUAACUGUGUGAGUUCUGUUGUGAUGUUUGCUGUAUUGUAAAGCCCCUGCGCCAUGUGGUGGGUGCUCUGUAAAUCAAUAAAUGAUGACUUAGAGGCUGUA